AAAAAAAAAAAAACUAGGUCUCUGAGGAGCUUAUGCCCCUCUCUCACAUACACACACUCUCUCUCUCUCUCUGAGAAGCGCAGAAGCGUCGCCGGAGAUGGAGCCGCCGACGAGAGGACUGGCGAUGGCGGUGAUGGGCGGGCUUCUUCUGGUCGUCCUGCUGUGCGGCGGGGUGGAGGGUUGGACGGGGGAAAUCCACGGGAGAGUGGUCUGCGAUGUGUGUGGGGAUUCUUCAAUAGGACCAGAAGAUCACGUCUUGGAAGGUGCCGAGGUAGCUGUUCUUUGCAUAACCAAAUCUGGUGAGGUUAUUAAUUACCAGGCCUUCACAAACUCAAAAGGCAUUUAUAAAGUGGCAGAGACCAUGCCUGAGAGUGAUCGGUGGAUGUCAUGCUUGGCGAGGCCCAUCAACAGCUACCAUGAGCAGUGCACUCGGAAGGGAGAUGCCCACUCUGGGGUCAAGUUCACUUACAAUUUGCCAUCUGGAAACUCUCACGCUGUCAAACCAUUCCUUUACAAACCUGUUUCUGUCCCAAUGUAUUGCAGCUGAAAGGUGUACCGUAUGUCGGGAAACAUACUGUAAACAUAUAAUACAAACUCAUGUAUGUUGGUUGAGAUGAGGAAGAAGGAAUCCUAAAGCCUAUAGAACAUUAAUCCUAAAGCCUAUAGAACAUUAAGUUGGUCGUGCAUAAUUGUUAUAAUGAAAUGGUUGUAUUUGCUGUAC